UAUAUAUACGCAUGUGCGGCGGACGGCAGUUCCCGCUAAUAUAAUACAGCUGCAUGGACACCCGUUCUUUAUUAUUUAUUAUUGUUCAACCGCGUUUUUACGUAUAUAGUGUUCUAUAUUUUUAUUUAAGUAUACAAAAUAAGUAUGUUCUUAAGUUAUAAACACAUCAUACUUAUUUUAUGCAUGUUGAAAUUUCGAGUGAUGGAUGUCAUAUAGAUACGAGGUUAGAAAUACGGUUAUGGAUGCAUAGACGUCUAUGUAUGGAUGGCAUGAGUUUUUUCAAAGUCAGAUGUAAGGAAUCGGUUGGAAUAUAUUGAUCAAAUUGUAGAUCAAUGCACAUGUUUUUUUCAAAGCAAUUGCAAAUCAAGCCUAAAAAAUAAGCAUAAGAUAUAAUAAAAUUGAAAUGAAGUGUCCUAAAUACACUCUAGAAGAAAAUAAAUCACAUCAAAAAACACUUGCGGAAACUUGGUUUUGUAAAAAUAAUUCUAAAGCUGAAACAAGCCAUGAAAAUAACUCAAAUAAAAACAGAAAUGAGAAUGCCGUAACAAAAUUCAAAACACCAUUAAUAAAGUUUAAAAAUCAAGAUCCAUUACAAAUUUCAAAGUCAAUCAUAAAUGGAACAAAUAGUUUAUAUGAAGAUAAGGAAAAUGAAAGUGAUGACAAUGAUAUUGUCGUAAGUUCGCAAUCUAGCAACGAGUCUAAGUUAAGACAAAAAAUUGGUCAAAGCUUGUCAAAAAAAUCUGUAACACCUAAAGUGUCACCACAAAAGGUGAAAAAUAUAUCAACACCUAAUUUAUCUGAGCAAAAUCUAAGCAUAAGUGAUUUGGGUGAUACUAGUUUAGUAAAAGAUGAAUUAGUCACGGAUAUGUAUGACAAUGUUGCUGAUUAUGAGCCUAUUGAGCUGUCUCAUGAUUUAAGUAGUUUACUAGCCGAUCCUAAGUUGAUUUCAAAUAUUUUAUCUCAACCAAUCAUAGGAAUGGAGAUGCCUGAAGAUCAAAUAGAAAACGAUCCAGUGCAAGACCCUUUACAUAUUGAUGAAAAGGAUGAAAUUGAACACUUGCAGAGUCCACCACCAAAAAAAAGAACGAGAAGCAAUACCUUUGAUAAAUCAACUUCAAAAAGAGUUUGUUAUAGUUCACAUGAUGAAGAAGAAAAUUAUUCAAGAAGAAAAUCUAAUUCCAAAAACAAGGAAAUGGAAGAUGCAUUACCUGAUGAACUUAGAAAGAAACUAAAAUUAAUGAAAGUCAAAUUACAACAUCAAGUGCCACCCCAGCAUAAAAUUGAGAACAAUGCAGGAUCACGUCCAAUGAGUGAAGAACAGUCCAAAGAAUUUGAAACAUAUGGCCCUUUAAAAAGAGGUUCAUUCACCAAAAGUGAAGACGAAAUAAUAAGAAAAAAUUGGCAAGAUUUUUGCGAGAUUCAUGAAUGGGAUGAAAAUAUUGUUAGCCCAUUUCUAAGUAUGAGGCACAAAGGAAAAUAUUAUAUUCCAGAACUAACUGAAAGAAAAAACUUUGUGCGAUUUCUAGCUAAUGGAUUGCCAUGGAGAAGUCUAUAUAGUGUUUAUUUUAGAUUUAAAAACUUAUUCAAUGUAAAUGUAGGUACUGGUAAAUACUCAUCUAAAGAAGAUGAGAUAAUAAUGUCGCAUUUUCGCGACGCAUCCGCUGCUGCAAUCGUUAAUCAGUGUGCUAAAGUAGCCGAAAUUUUAAAAAGAAAAAGACAUUCAGUCUGGCUUCGUUAUCAAAAACUAAAAAAAAUUCACAACUUGACCAAUAGAAAGAGUGAUUUAAGUGACUAUGAAAGUGAUGAAAGGGAAGUCUCAAAUAAAAAGAAGGUAAAGACAAAAUCUAGAAAAAGUAAGACGUCGUACAGUGAUGCAAAAAGACAAAAAAAGAUUAUUCAUGAAAAAGUUUACACUAAUGUUAAAUGGACCUCUCCACUGGUGAAUAAAUUUAUUGAAACACUGAUAAAGGAGACGUCAAGUUCUAACGUACAAGAUUUAAAAUAUAAAAAAAUUGAUCAAAGUGUAUGGAUUAAAGUAGAAAAAAGUAUAAGUGUGGACCGCACGACAUUACAAAAUUUUUGGCAUUGUCAACUUCAUUUGCAGUUAUUUUCCCCUGGGCCAAUUUAUUUAAAUGAUACAAAAAUGAAAUUGAUUGAGUACAUGCAUGAGAACAAAGAAAAAAAUUUAGAGGAUAUCUUGUGGGCAGACGUUUGCUUGAGUUUUGAUGGCAUUACUACAGAUUUUUUAUCGAAAUUAUUUGAUCAUUUGAUACAGCAUGGUCAAAACAAAAUCGACUCUAAUAACUUGAAAGAAAUCGUACAAUAUUUAUACGAAAACCAUAUUCCUGAAUUAGAAGACAAAACAACUGAUGUCAUUUUGCCGAAAUUAUAUUAUAAAGGUGGUAGAAUUAUAUGUAUAGACAAAGGUACAGAGAAAAAAAUUUUGAACAGGAUUACUAGUGACCCUUUGGCAGAAGAAUAACAUAAUAAUUGUAAUGGCAGGGCAAUUAAUGUAUUUGAUACAUAACUGGCAAUUUUAGACUUCUGUAAAUAUGAUUAUCAAAAAUUUUUUAAAUUAAGCCUGUAAAGUUCGACAGCAUGAUGUCAAUUAAAUUUACUUUUUAAAAGAGUUAGUUACAUUACCGUGUAUAUAAAACAAUAUUUAUAAUACAAAAAAGUUUGUAAAAUACAAUUAUAAGAAUAUUUUUGUAUAAAUAAAAAUACUUCUACUACA